AUGACAAGUACUUGUAUUAUUACAAGUUGGUGUUCACAAAUAGCUGUUUUUUCCAUUGGUAAAUUUGAUUCUGUUUUAUAUCGCAUAAAAAUUAUCAAAGUAUUAGGUUUAGCUUUCUUUAGUUUAAAAAUUUCCGCAUUAUGUAUUUGUGAAACAUUGGCAUUAGUAUUAACAGCUACUAUUUGUUUAACAUGUCUUAUUAUUGCACUACCUGGACCUGAAAUGUCAAGAUAUACACGAAUAUUUGAUAUAUUUAUUGGAAAAACAUCUGAUGAUGAUAAAGUUGAAACAUUCAUCAGUGAUGACUUUUUAAUUUCAGAUUCUUGUUCAGUUAUGUAUCGUAGUCUUAUUUAUCAACAACAAAUAACCAGAUUAAAUCCUUCGAUUUCAUCUAUAUUAUCAACAGUUGAAUCUAAAGUUUAUUCUUAA